AUGGAGAUUUGUUUCGACAUCAUCUUCAUAGCCGACAUCGCAAUCAACUUUUAUCGUCCAAUUGAGAAGUAUGGCAAAUUGAUUUGGGACAAGCACGCGAUUGCGAUGAAAUAUCUUGGAGGAUGGUUCGUCAUUGACUUGCUCGCGUCGCUACCGAUUGAUCUCAUGUUUGCCGGUGCCACCACUCCAGGCACGGUGGCGGCGAGAGUACUGGCUGCGUUGGGCAUGCUUCGCCUGCUUCGAUUGUAUCGCAUCCGACGCAUGAUGAGCGAGCUCGAAGGCAACCCUAAUCUGCCGUACUUGGGGUUCGUAGCGCUCAAAUUUGCACUGUUGAUCGCGUUGGCGAGUCAUUGGAGUGCAUGCUUUUUGUACUACCUCGCUCGUUGGCAAAAGUUUGAUGAAAACACUUGGGUGUACGCGUACGAUCCGGAUCUUCCUAGCCGUACGUUUAGCGACAAAUACACCACUUCACUGUACUGGGCGACCGUAACGCUCACCACCGUGGGGUACGGCGACAUAUCUCCCGUGAGUAACCUCGAGCGAGCGUUUUCCAUGAUUAUCAUGAUUUUGAACAUGGGCGUCACGGCGUAUAUUUUAGGUAACGUCACGCAAAUCGUCACCAAGGACGAUUCGACAAUCAUGGACUUUCGCGAUCACAUCGCGUCCCUUCAACGUUUCAUGCGACGGAACGAUAUUCCAAGAGCCGUUAGAGAGAAGAUCAACGCACAUAUGCAGCUCGAGUACGAUAUGCGUUGUCGAGACGACGAAGCGGUGCUGAAUUUUUGUCCGCCGACGAUUCAAUCCGAGCUGAGACACGCAAUCUAUCAACACUACAUUAAUCGAUGCGGGAUAUUCUCCAAUGCGUCGGCGGUAUUUAUUCAAUACUUUUUGGAGUGUAUAACAGUGGAGUACUAUCAUCCCGGAACGCUGCUCACGUCCAAGGGCUUGGACGCGACGGCGAUGUAUUACGUGUGCCUCGGCAAGGUGGACAUCGUAUCUGAAAAAUACGUGCGCGAACCAACGCUGAGUAACAAGAUUAACACGAUCUUGCCCGGUGAAUGGUUAAACAUCGCAGCCGUGCUUUGUCGUCGAACUUGCUUCCACACUAGCAUCGUGACGUCUACGUGCAAAGUUUUAGUCGUCUCCUCGAGCAAGCUCGACAACGUCCUCGCACGUUUUCCUCGAGAUGUCAAACAAAUUUUGCGUACGUUGAAAGAGAAGUAUUUGCUUGAGCUGAGUGCGAUGGGACCCCGCGCGGAAGAUGGUUUCGAACUUUACACCAACUUUGUGCAAGCGCUCGACCAAAAGUCUACUGAUCUGUAUGAAAGUGAAUUGCACGAGCUCAACGUCGCGGCGGUGACGGGCGAUACGACGGCGCUCGACAUGGCGCUUGCGGAUGAGCCACGGAAUGCGCAUCUCACAGAUAGUGCUGGACGCACACUCCUCAUGGUAGCUGUCGAAAACAAGCAGAAUAACGUCGUGAAGCUACUCCUCAAGUGGGGCGCAGAUCCCAAUGCCAUGAGCAAGGCUGGGUAUUCGCCGCUAUCGCGCGCCGUCUCGGUAGGAAGUCUUCCAUUGGUGAAGAUUCUUGUCACCGCAGGCGGUCUCUAUCACUCCCCUGACGACCAAACCGUGCUUCACUCCGCAAUCUCACAGGAUCAAGUGCAGAGAAUAAAACUUUUGAUCGUCGCCGGGGUGAAUUUGUCAAGCCAAGACUAUCAAGGGAGCACGGCGCUCCACGUCGCGGCGAGGCUGGGAAUGCCGACCAUCUUGAGGAUUUUAUUCGACGCUGGGAUUGAAGAUAACUUGUUGGAUAAAGACGGAAGAUCAGCCGAGGAUGUCGCUAACAUCAGUGGGAACCCUGGUUGCGCGAAAGUGAUCCGAGAAAGGAAGCAACUCCGCUCGACGAGGUCCGGUGUCCCAUCGCACACUCCGAUGUCGCCGUGA